AUGUCACUAUUGCGAAGUUUUGCUGGGCGGAUAGGCAGCGGUGCUGUUUCCCUAACGCAGAAAACCGCUUCGUCGAUAGCAAUCGGAGGGUCUUCUCUGUUCCGGCCCCGGCAGCAGCUGCAGCAGCAGACCGCCUCCUCGGGUCUGCAGCUGCAGUUUGUCCGUUACGCGACGAAGAAGGCUGCUUCGUCGAGGACGAAUGAUUAUAACUCGAAGGGAAAGCGAUUGGGUUUGAAGGCUGCUGAAGGUUCCUAUGUCCGUGUUGGUCAGAUCAUAUACAGACAGCGUGGCACGAAAUGGUUUCCCGGCGAAAACACAAUUAUCGGUAGAGACCACACCAUCAUCGCCAAAGAACCCGGCUUCGUCCGCUACUACCGUGACCCCUUCCACCCUUCGCGGCGCUUCGCCGGCGUCGCCCUCGCCCCUCACUUGAUGCUGCCCUCUCCGCACUGGCAACCACGACUGCGCAGGUUCGGACGCACGCCAAUCACCGAUCCUGAGCUGGCCGAGCACGAAAAGCAGAGACUGUCGCGUAAGGAGUACUUUGGAUGGAUCGAGAAGACGAAGCAGUAUGAAGCGCGGAAAGCGAAGCGCGAGGCAAAGAGUGCUGAGCAGGCUUCUGCUCCUGAGAGUGCGGGUGCGAGUGAGAGUGCGAGUGCGCCAGAUGCGACUGCUUAG